CACACUGGGCGACAGUCGCUACUUGAUAGCUGCUAGUUGGUCACGUGACUCACUAGCGCAGUUUAGUAGCACGGAAAGUUGGACAUGUUCAACUUUCCAUGCUAGUAAAAUUUCACUAGCGCGCUACUCUUAGUAGCUGCUACUGCCUAUGUCACAUUGGCUACUUAGUAGCUGCUAUUUCGCUAGCUGCUAGUAAAGUAGCGUAGUGUGACACAGGCUUAAGGAUCAAGGAGAUGGAAAAAGGAGAUACAGUAAAGACCAUCAGAGGUAGAGGUCGAGGCAGAGGUCGAGGUGCAAGAGGCCGAGGCGUCAGAGGAGGCAGGGGAAGUCGAGGACGGGGGAAGAAAAAUGUCAAGACCGUCAGUGAAAUGCACGUGGAGGUGGAGGAUGGGGAGAACAUUGCUCCCCAGGAAAUAGAGAACAAAGAGGUCCAAGAUGAGUCCCAAGUUCAAGUAGGACCCAAAGAGAUCGAUCUGGAGGCAGACAUAUCCCAGUUGGAGGCUCCAACGUUCACCACGCUGAACCGAGGACCUCCAGAGCCGAUGUUGAGACUCAACUGGGACCAUCGUGUCAACCUGGUGGCCGAGAAGGUGCUCAAUCCCAUGAUCCACUGUUGUGACAAGUGCCAGAAACCUAUUCUCAUAUAUGGACGGAUGAUCCCAUGCAAGCAUGUGUUCUGCCUAGCGUGUGGCAAGAAGGAAGACAAAGUGUGUCCGCGUUGCCAUGACAAAGUGACUAGAGUAGAACAGACGGGUCUAGGGACUGUGUUCAUGUGUACUCACGGAGGCACACGCUACAACAGUGAGGGCUGUCGCAGGACUUACUUGUCCCAGAGAGACUUGCAGGCUCAUAUCAACCACAGACACAUGGUGUCCCAUGGUGGAGGGGAACUGCCUGAACCUUCUCCCGCCAAGAUACCAACCAUGGGAGGAUCUGUGCCCAGGCUCAAGUCUUCUCAAUCAGCCGGGGACCCUAGGGUACAGUCUACGCCAGCUGUAAUUGAACCACAUCACCGCAGAGGUUCGUCUCCUCCCCCUCCACCUCCUUUCGGGAGCCACUCUCACAGACCUCCCAUGAUCCAUCCUCCUUACCAGAGUGGCGGAGGACAGUCUUCCAUGAGGACUAACUUGAUCACAGUGCAGAUACAGGACUCUGGGAUGGAUGUCGCCCCGACCACCUUCCACCAGCCACACAGCUACUCUCACGCCCCUCCACAGUACGCUCCCCCAUAUGGAGUGCCCCCGCCUGUUGCCAUCCCUCCUCCCCAAGCCCCCCCAUUCUACCCCACUCCCCCCGCCAGCUAUGCUCCACCCCCAGGCCCUCCUCAGCCUCCCCAGUAUGCCUCAGGGCCUCCUGCGCCCCGCCCCCCGCACUACCAAGACCCCAUGGCCCCACAACAAUACAAUGCUCCACCUCCACAGUGGCAACACCCCCCGCCGAACAAUGGCCAGCAGUUUUAUCGAUAAUUGUCUUUUUGUCUCUUUUUUAACUGCUUUUAAAUGAAAGUGAAUCAACAGCUAAUCAAAUAUGUUAGAUCAUGACUAAUAAAAUUAGAAUAUAACUACUGUA